AUGCUUAUAAGAUCAUACGAGAACAUUGACGAAUGUGUAGACAAUGAGAGGCAUGUGUCACGGAGCACUGGACUGCAUAUAAAUCAAGCUAGUUGUGUCGGGGAGGCGGACGGUUGGCAAGCUGAGUGUAUUGGAGGUGUCGGUGUUGGAACGGCAGAUCAAGCGUGGCCUCCGACCGCUGUAGACCUGCUUGCAGUAGGCGAAAGGAACUAA